AUGGCCAACUUAACAUUGAAAGUGUUGGUUGAGGGUGGAGGUGUCAUUCGCACCAUGCAGUUCCAUCCGUCCACCAUUGCAUUCGACGCUUGCACCAUCAUCAAGCAGAAACUUCCGGAAGCUAGGAUGCUCAUCAUUAACAACAACAACAACACAAGCAGUCAAUAUGGCCUCUACCUAACUGACGACGAUCCUAAAAAAGGUAUUUGGUUGGAACCUGGAAGGACCCUUGAGUAUUAUCUACUAAGAAACGGAGACCUGUUGGAGUUUAAAAGUAAACUGAGGCUGAUGAAAGUCCGAAUGUUGGAUGGGACGGUGAAGACUUUACAACUGGAUGACAGCAGCACUGUUGAACAACUCAUGAUCACCAUCUGUGCCAAGAUUGGUAUAUCAAACCACGAAGAGUAUUCAUUGGUACACGAACUGACGGAUGUGGAGAAGGAGGUGACGAUGACGAUGCGGAGAGGUAGGUCCAUUGCUAAGAACCAGAAGAAACUGGAUGAGUUAAAGAGGAAACUUCAUACCGAUGAUGAAUUGAAUUGGUUGGACCACACAAAAACCUUGAGAGAACAAUCUGUUGAGGCCAAUGAAACGUUAUUGCUGAUGAGGAAAUAUUUUUUCUCUGAUCAGAAUGUUGAUGCACGUGAUCCUAUACAGUUGAAUCUGCUCUAUGUGCAGACAAGAGACGCCAUUUUGAAUGGUGCUCAUCCCAUCCAAUUAGAAGAGGCCAUUCAAUUUGCUGGCCUGCAAUGUCACAUUCAGUUCUCGGAUUAUGACCCAAACAAGCAUAAACCUGGAUUUCUUGAACUGAAAGAGUUCUUGCCAAAAGAAUAUUCAAAAGUGAAAGGAAUUGAAAAGAAGAUUUUUACAGAGCACAAGAAACACGCAGGCAUUAACGAGGUGGACUGCAAGGUUGCAUACAACACUCUUGCCAGAUCAUUAAAAACUUAUGGAAUCGCUUUCUUUCUUGUUAAGGAAAAAUUGAAAGGUAAGAAUAAGUUAGUACCUCGUUUGCUAGGCAUUACAAAGGACAGCGUCGUCAGAGUUGAUGAGAAAACUAAAGAGAUAUUGAAGACGUGGCCGCUGACAACAGUCAGAAGAUGGGCCGCCUCCCCAAAUACAUUCACACUGGACUUUGGAGAUUAUGCAGACGCAUAUUAUUCAGUACAGACAAUGGAAGGUGAGCAGAUGUCCAGGUUGAUCGCUGGCUACAUUGAUAUAAUUCUCAAGAAGGUUGUCGUCGUUGUUGUUGUUGUUGUCGUCGUUGUUGUUGUUGAUAGCAUCAUCAUCAUCGUCGCCACCAACAACAACAGAAACUAUCAAAGGAUUACCAGUCAGGCAGUCUGGAGGAGGAGUCAACUAUGUAUGAAGACAGCGUUGCUCCCGCCAAGUUAG